AUGCUCUCCUCGGUCCGCACCGCACUGCGCCGCGCAGCCAGCCCCCAGCAGGUCCGCCUCGCGUCGACAGAGUCGGCCGCUCAGAAGGCCCAGCAGGCGGCGUCGAGCGCGCAGGCAACGGCUCAGCAGGCGCUUGCGGGCGUCUCCAAGUCGGCUGGAAACCUCCUCGGAUCCUACAAGGAGCCCGUACUGUACAACGCCGCGGUCGCACGGGAGUUUGCCAAGCAGGUCUACGUUGCCGAGCAGCUCGCCCCUCCCUCGUUCGCCCAGUUCUCCUACACCUUCCGCCACUUCUUCCAGCAAGCGCCCAGCCCGUCGUUCUGGAAGGAGCUCUACAAGAGCGGCGAGUACAAGCGCUGGUUGCUGUACGGCCUCGAGGCGUACGGCAUCUUCAAGCUCGGCGAGAUGAUUGGCAGGAGGCACAUGGUCGGAUACAAGCUGGAGGACCCUCACACCGCCAAGUUGACGUAA